AUGGAGGGUGAUCAAGCAAAAGGGUUCUGGAGAAUCGGAGAAGAAGCCUACAAACUGGGCAAGGAAGAUCCGAGGAGAGUAGCACACGCAUUCAAAGUCGGGUUAGCCCUAGGCGCUCUCGGUCUCCUCCACUACCACGGCGUCUUCUUCCAGGCAUCCGGCGUCGAUGGAUUGUUGAGCAUCACGACCGUCCUGUCCCUAUUCGAGUACACCGUGGGAGCCACGCUAGCGAAAGGGCUGAACCGGUUGUUCGCGACAUGUUUGGGAGUUGCACUGGGAUUUGGGAUGCACCAUUCGGCCGCUUUGACGGAGAAAUACUCGGUCGUGAUUGCGCUGUCGGUCACCUUCAUAGUUACAAUCGCGACGUAUUGCCGGUUCUUUCCAAAAGUCAAGGAUAUGUUCGAUGAGUGCUUUUCAGCAUUCAUGGCCAGUUUCACGGUGAUAAUGGUGUCAUGGAAUCCAGAUGACACCACACUCAAAGGGGAGUGCCUGCGCGUCAUCGCUAUUUGGGUCGCCGGCAUCGUGGCCAUUCUGAUCUGCAUCUUCGUCUUCCCCACUUGGGCAGGCGAAGAUCUCCAUGUAGGCACCGCCGACAACAUUGACCGACUUGCCCGUUAUCUAGAAGCUUUCGGCGAUGUGUAUUUCCAAGAAUCACACGACGAUGAUAUAGAGGCACUCAAAGAUUACAAGAGUGUACUCGAAUAUAAAGGCAAGGAGAACUCAUUGGUCAAUUACGCGCAGUGGGAGCCGAGGCACAAGAAGUUCCGGUGCUGUCACCCAUGGGACCAGUACCUCGUGAUCGGGUCGGCUACCCGGGAAUGCGCCUACAAGAUUAAAGAUCUCAACAGCUACCUCGUCGCGGAUGUGCAGACGCCAAUGGAGCUCCGGAUGAAGAUUCGAGACUUAUGCACGAGUAUCAGCUCCGAGUGUGGCUUAGCCCUAAAGGAGGUCGCGGGCGAGCUUCGGACGAUGAAGUCGUCUGUGUACAGCGAGAUACACAUCGCGGACGCGAAGGCCGCAGCCGAGACGCUCAAGGACGUGAUGGACACUGAGUUUUGGCCCCACGGGGAGUUCCGGGACGCAUCCCCAGCUGUGAUGGUGGCAACACAUCUGAUCGAGAUCGUGGCGUGCACGACGAAGAUCCUAGACUCUGUGGAGGUGCUGUCAACACAGGCCAAGUUCGAGAAACCCGACCCGGCAUUGACUGCAGUGGUUGAUUUGUAG